UUUACAGCGUUUAUGACAUGUUUUUUUUAUUGUUACGAAGAAGAACUUUGGAAUUGGUUCAAUAUUGUGGCUUUCAUAAUAGCUAUCAUUGGUGUUGAGUCUUGAUUAAUGUACAAUGUCUGACUUUGCUUCUGAAGAUGAUGUUUUUGAAGUAGAAAAAAUUGUUGCAUCUCGAUUAGACAAAGAUGGACUGCGUCGCGUGUUUCGUGUUCGAUGGAAAGGAUGUAAAUCUGAUGAAGAUACUUGGGAGCCAUUAGAAAAUCUUCUCUCUUGCAAUGAAUUGCUUAAGCAAUACAAAGAAGAACGUAGGAAAAGAAAAAAACUUAAGAAGAACAAGUUGAAUGUAACAAAGGAAUUUAGUACCCAAUCUGCUUUUUCAAAGGUAAAAGAAGAGCCAAAAGAAGAAGUUAAAACUGCAAGAAAAAAAGAUGAUUCAAAAUUACAGUUUAAUGUUAAAAAGCAAACAGAAUCAAUAAGAGGCAGUUUGCCGAAGCGAAAAAAACCUGACCUUUUUUUAAAUACUGACACUGAUCUUGCUGGUUUUACGAGGAAACAGCGGCAUGAAAUGGAGCGUGCUGUAGAAGAAUCAAAAAAGUUAAGUCCUGUAUUAUCUGACACUGAAGAUUUAGCAAAUGCUGAUAACUCGAAUGUUAAAUCUAAAUCAAAAAAGAAAAGAAUUCGUCGAAUAUUAGACGAUUCAUCGGAUGAUUCAUUAAAAUCUCCAAAAUUAAGUGCUAGUUCAGCAACGUCAGUAGAGAAUGUGUUUUCUUUUACAAAUGUAUUAGGUUCUCCAAGUAAUAGUUACAUAUCGCUUGUUGAUCAACUUCAAAAAAAAAGCGAAAAUACCAUUAUUUAUCCAGAAAACAAUACCAUCUCUCCAGAAGUUAAUAAAUUAAAAGUUAAUGAAAAAAAACCAACAAUAAAUUUAAAAAGCUUAUCAGCUCUCAAAUCAAAGCUUGGGUCAUCAAUACGAAGUUCAUCAUCACCUCCUGUACCAAAUACCUCUUUUUCCCCUUCUGCUCAAGGUUCUGUGUUAUCUUCUCUGAGUUCUGGUUUAUCCCCUCUUGAUACUAAAUCUUCGUCAUUCCCUCUGGUGUCAACUUUAUCAUCAUCUUCUUCUGUUCAAAGUGCUCCUUUAGCUACUCCUAUGAAAAAUUCUUCUUUAUCCGUUCCAGUACAACAUUCCUCAUUAAGUGGAGUUCAAUUUGAAAAAGAUUAUGUAUCUGAACAUUCUAGAAAUAUAGAAUCGAUUUCACCUAAUCGAAAAAAUGCUUUACCUAAAAAUCAAAUUCUCAAUAAAGAUAUCAACCCUAAGACUACAGAUUUUGAAAGUUUACAAACUUCAAGUUCAUCUAUUGAGUCUCAAAAUAAAAAUAAACCUUCUAAUUUACCUUUGGAAGUUGUAAUUAGCAACAUUAUUCCAAAUAUUUGUUUACCUAUUACUGCAGAAACAUCUAGAGCAGCAUCAUCUUUAUUAGUUAGUAAUCCAUCUUUAUCAACUGUAGAAACAUCUGGAAUAGCAUCAUCUUUAUUAGUGAGCAAUCCAUCUUUGUCUACAAAAUUUUUGUUGUCUUCAGUUUUUUCAAAAAUUAAUCUUGAUUCUGUAGCAAGAAAAAAAUCAAUAAAAAAAAACAAUAAGUUAACUGAAUCUAGUAAAAAUAUUUGUAUAGAUUCACAAACAAAUCAUGUUGCUUUACAAAUUGAUACAAAUAUUAGUGAAACUGCUGAUAAAGUUGUUACAGGUAUAGAUGAAACUGCUGAUAAAGUUGUUACAGAUAUUAGUCAUACUGCUUGUAAAAUUGUUACAGAUAUUAGUGAAACAGGUGAUAAAGUUGUUACAGGAAUAAGAGAAACUGGCGAUAAAGUUGUUACAGGAAUAAGAGAAACUGGCGAUAAAGUUGUUGCAAAUAUUAGUGAAAUUGCUGAUAAAGGUGUAAAUAACAAAGUUGAUCUAAAAGAACAAAUUAGUUCUGAAUCUUUUGAAAAAAAUGUUAAAGAAUUUCAAUCAAAUGAUAAAGAUUUACAUAAAAACAUAUCAGAAGCAAAGCAAAACUUUCAAAAGCUGGGUAUAGAUUUUAGUGUUUUUAAACCAAAACCAAAUGUUACAAUAGCAAAAAAACCAAAAGAUGCAGAAGAUACAGUCAAUAAUCAAAGUACAGUUUUAAGUAAAGCAACAAAAGAAGCAAAAAAUGUUAAGCAGACUAUAGUUGACAAAUCUAAAAAACUUUCAUAUAUUGAGUAUCAAGCUAAGAUUCGCAGAAAGUCAUCAGAACAUGCGGAUACCGGACUUUUUUUAGAUUUUCUAAAGGUUCCCAGUGCAUUAAGCGAAAUCAGUAGUCAACCUGAUGGAGUAGACAAAGCUGUCAUUCUUAAUUCAAAAGCAUCUGCUGAAAAGGUUGUUACGAUAGAAAAAAAAAAGGAUAAAUUUGUUAAAGAAAUUGACUCUAGCAAAAUUGAUGGAAGAGAGUUGGCUAGCUCAGAAGAUGUGUUAGGAACAAUAUUGGAAACUAUAGGCCCUAUUAAAGAAAUCUCUUCAAAGUUAGCUGCAAAUAAUGAAAAUAAGCAGGUAACAACUGAAAAUGAAGAUGUUAUUAUGGAGGAGAGUUUAAAUGAAGAAUUUUUGAAUGCAAGUGAUUUUGAAUAUGAUCUUGAUGAUUAUUCUGGAGAUGAAGACGGACUUUUAAUGAUACCAAGUUUAACCAGCAAAAAGGUGACACAUGAAACUCUUAAUGCAAAUACAAAAAGUCUUGAUCUAUUGGUUAUUCAUCAAGCUAUUGUUGUUGGUGAUGCAAUGACAGUGAUUCAGAGUAAAAUAAGUGCUAAUGAAAUUAAUAACUAUGUGGAUGAUAUGGAUACUCUCCUAAUGAAAGCAGUUAUGGAAUGUUCACCUGAUAUGGUGAGAAUAAUUCUUGAAAAAUCUGCUGAUCCAAAUACACCAUCCAAAAAUGGAAAAACACCAUUGAUGAUGGCUGUCGAAUUGCAACAAAGAAGUUUGGUUGUCAUGCUUAUUCAAAAUGGUGCUAAAAUGAAUAUUCAAACACCUAGUGGAGAAACAGCAUUAAUAUUGGCAUGUAAGAUGGGACAUAUUGAAAUUGUUCAUGUUUUAUUGAAUAGUGGUGCAGAUGUUAAGCCAGCUGCAACCUAUCUAGAAAAAAUGGCUGUUCCGAAACAUCUUCGAUCCUCUCUUCAAUUCACCUUACAAAUACAUUCAGAAAAAUUAAAAUACGUUACUGAAAAGGUUUUUAUGGACAUCAUAAAGUUUGAUAAACUACCAAUUCAGAUAGAUCAUCAACUGAUGGGUUGUCGAUGCAUUUCUCCCGAUGAAACAGGGGAACAUGACUUUUUCUUUGAGUGUGAUGUUUAUGUGAAAGAUAGGCAUGUUCAAGUUGUUUUGCUGGCUUUGCCCACACUUUUUGAACGAUGCGGUUCUGUAACUCCACUAUUCAAUGCUCAAAAUAAUGGUGUUAAAGAUGUUUUGUUGAACAACGAAAGCAUGAUACAAGUAUUACCUGGUCCAGUUGCAAAUUUAUGCAAGUUAUACAAUAUAUACGCUGUCAGCCCAUAAAACACACCGCACCAAACAGUCACUCUUUGUAGAUAUAUCGGUUUUCAACAAUCACUAGUGGAUCCUUAUUUGCCCAAAUGUGACAGUUUUGCUUGUUAACAUAUCCACUGAGGUGAAAGUGUGCCCUGUCGCUAAAGAUGAUUUUCUUUGUAAAGUCACCAUUCACUUCUGUCUGUUCGACCAACCAUUUGGCGUAUUGACAGCGCUUGAAAAGAACUUUGUAAGUGUGCAUAUUCAAAUCUUUAUUCAAAAUUCGCAUCAGUGAUGUUCGUGAGAUGUUCAAUUGUUAUGCAUAACAACAAGCAGAGUUUGACGGCUCUUCUGCCACACUAUUGCAACAAGAUCAGUGUUCUCUGCAGAACGAAUUGGAUGAGCAUGCACAAGUAUUUUCUUAUUUUAUAGAGACCCGGUUUGCUAAAAUUUGCGCACAAUUCUCCCGAUUGUGGACACAUUUGGUCGAAUAUGCUGACCAAACCAAUCACAAAGCGCACGAAAUGCAUUUUGAUUUGAAUGUCCAUUUUGUAAAAGGUUUAAUGCGCUUCUCAAUUAUGUACCAUUUCAUGGUUGAAUUUGUUAAACACUGAAACAAAGAAAUGUCAAAUUAAGUUGAGCAAAAAACUUGAUGUUAAGGUGUGACUCACAAUUAACAUUGUGCGUUAUGGAUGGACCACACUUUUAAAUUGCACAUUCUUUUUAAAAUCUAUUAUUAAUGUAUUUACUCCAAAUUCUUCAAAGUUUAUCAAG